AAUAUUGUGGGUUUGGGAGUGAUUGAAGAAAUAUAUUGUUGACUGGGGAUGGGGAACAAUUUACAGAGAAAUAUGCAGAGUGAUCCUAUCUUUAAGUUAAAAGCAGCAUUUGAAAAUCUCCAUGUACUGUGUGUAAGUGGAGGGGGAAGACCUGAGGCCACAGGAAGCUGAAGUUUGUGGCUGAGAGGCAGGACAGGAAGGGUUGGAGGUCUGGGGAUCUACAGGGCUGGAAGAAGGGGCAGGAAGGGAAAAUUGAUGCCUUUAAGCUGAUUUCUGAGGCCUUGCUGUCCUAGGGCUUAUCUCCUUCCUGUGUGUGGAGGGUGCUGGGUGUGGGGCCUGGAGAUGGGGCCGCCUCCCGCCCAAGGGGCACCACAGGUCCCAAGGAGGGCUAGGUGGCUAAAGGCCUGCUUAACACUGUGGUGACCAAGGCCAGGACUGACCUGAAACCGAGGGUGUCAAGUCCAUAGGCCCCCAUCCUGUUUGACUGAAGCUGACCCAUCAGGACCCAGGAAAUUCGGCCGGGUGGCCUGGACCUCAAUGCCCUGAGAGGGCUGCCUGCCUCCACCUCUGAUUUGUGCCUUGCUGUCUCGGCUCAGAGGACUCUUCGUUCUUUUGCUGGCUUCUCCCUCAUGGAGUCAGGGGUGGAUGGCACCCAGAGACCCUGAGCUACGCAGACGGUCAGGUGGGAGGGACAGAAGUCGCAGCUCAGGACCUGGAGCAUUUCCAGCACUGCCAAUGGGGAGCGAGGUGUGGAUGGUGCCCAGAGACCCUGAGCUCCACAGAGGGACAGGUGGGAAGGAGAGAAGCCACAGCUCAGGGCCUGGAGAAGGUCCCUCACUGCUAAGGGGCUGGGCUCAUCCAUUUGAUCACAGGAAGGGUCCUGACUUAUGGGGACCUUGGUGUUCUCUUGUACACACUCGGAAGGAUCAAAACACCAGGGGACAGCAGUACCUGCCCCAGGAAGGCUGGACCAGGGAAGAGAGUUCAAGACGGGAGGUCAGGGGUUCUCCAGUCCAGGGGCGAGGGACUUCUAGGACUGUGAAUUGGAAGUUUAUUCCUUAUUCUGUAAGAGACCACGUGUACUUUAGGGGCAAUACCUGUGUUCUAGGAGCUCCUCCCAGCUGUGGCCCUGCCCCAGGGAGUGAGGUGUGGAUGGUGCCCAGAGACCCUGAGCUCCACAGAGUGACAGGUGGGAAGGAGAGAAGCCACAGCUCAGGGCCUGGAGAAGGUCCCUCACUGCUAAGGGGCUGGGCUCAUCCAUUUGAUCACAGGAAGGGUCCUGACUUAUGGUCAUCUUGGUGUUCUCUUGCACACACUCAGAAGGAUCAAAACACCAUGGGCCAGCAGUACCUGACCCAGGAGGAGGUAGCAGAGUUCAAGAUUAGAGGUCCAGGGUUUUGGAGCCCAGGAGGAGGGAAAGGGGACCCUUACUUCUUUUGCUGGCUUGUCCCUCAUGGAGUAACGGGUGGAUGGUGCCCAGAGAUCCUGAGCUCCACAAAGGGGCAGGUGGGAGAGACAGAAGUUGCGGCUCAAGACGUGGAGCAGUUCCAGCACUUCCAAGAGGGGACCCUUCUUUUGCUGGCUUGUCCCUCAUGGAGUAACGGGUGGAUGGUGCCCAGAGAUCCUGAGCUCCACAAAGGGGCAGGUGGGAGAGACAGAAGUUGCGGCUCAAGACGUGGAGCAGUUCCAGCACUUCCAAGAGGGAGUGAGGUGUGGAUGGUGCUCAGAGACCCCGAGCUCCACAGAGGGACAGGUGGGAAAGAGAGAAGCCACAGCUCGGGGCCUGGAGAAGGUCCCUCACUGCUAAGGGGGGACCCUUUUUUCUUUUUCUGGCUUGACCAUCAUGGAGUCAGGGGUGGAUGGUGCCCAGAGAUCCUGAGCUCCACACAGGGGCAGGUAGGAGGGACAGAAGUCCCAGUUCAAGACGUGGAGCAGUUCCAGCACUGCCAAGUGGGCCAGCAGUACCUGACCCAGGAAGGCCAGAGGAGGAAGCAGAGACCAAGGGGACCCUUACUUCUUUUGCUGGCUUGUGCCUCAUGGAGUAAUGGGUGGAUGGUGCCCAGAGAUCCUGAGCUCCACAGAGGGGCAGGUGGGCAGGACAGAAGUCGCAGCUCAAGACCUGGAGCAGCUCCAGCACUGCCAAGCAAGGACUCUUGGCUCUUUUGCUGGCUUCUCCUUCACAAAGUGAGGGGUGGAUGGUGACCAGAGACCCUGAGCUCCACAGCGGGGCAGGUGGGAAGGAAAGAAGUCACAGCUCAGGAUCUGGAGCAGUUCCAGCACUGCCAAAGUGUAAGUUUAAAAAAACAUACUUUUACAUUCAUACACUAAAAGUCCCAUUACAUAUGUAGUAUCUGUGCCUGCGUCAAAAUUUUAAAAUAUAAGGAAGAGUGUAAAUGAACUGGGCAUGUCCCCACUCCCUCUCCCCCCGUGCCUACCAGACUGGGCUUGCCCUUGUGAUCACAAGCAUGCUCAUGCCUUAAGACCCUCUUGGUGUUCUCUGUGCACACAAUUGGAAGGAUCAAAAUACCCUGGAGGGUUCCACGUGUCUUGUGCAGAGCUGGCGUUAUAGAUUUAAUUGUGUCCCCCCAAAAUGUGUGUCAUCUUCCCUAGGCCAUGGUUCCCGGUAUUGUGUGAUUGUCCACCAUUUUGUCAUCUGAUAUGAUUUUCCUAUCUGUUAAACCUCUAUGAUGUUAAUGAGGCAGGAUUAGGGGCAGUUAUAUUAAGGAGGCAGGACUCAAUCUACAAGAUAAAGUUGUAUCUUGAGUUAAUCUCUUUUGAGAUAUAAAAGAAAGAAGCAAACAGAGAGACAGAGGACCUCAUGGCACCCAGAAUGUAGUACUAGAAGUACAGUGCAUCCUUUGGUCUCUGCACUGAGAAGCUCCUAGAUGAUUGGAAAAUUGAUGACAAGAACCUUUCCGCCCCAGAGAGUAAAAGCCUUCCUCUGGAGCUGGCACCCUGAAUUCAGACAUCUAGCCAAUAGACUGAGAGCGAAAGUUCUGUUUGUUAUAGCCACCCACUUGUGGUAUUUCUGUGACAGCAGCAGUAGAUAAGCAAGACAGCUGGUCAGCAGGCCUCUAACUGCCCCUGCUGCCCCAGGAGCUGAGUCUCCUUUUCUAUUGUCAUCAGUGGGACAUCCUUGUCCGGUUGUCUCCCAACUGUGGCACCCGCCUUGGAGUGGUAGGUCAGAAGCUGUGUGCCCUGUGGGAGUCGAUGGUCACCACAAGGCUAGACACUAGGGUGCUGUACCUCGAGCUUUGGGCGGGACUUUUGAGCAGGGGUGUGUAACUGUGGUAGCAGCAGUAACCCGCACUGCAGCAUUGUUCCAGUGACACAUGUCCUGGGUACCCAGGGCCUGGAAAUGGGGCAGUGGCCCAUGGGGAACCCUCUGUCUUCUGGACACAAGGCUAGGGCCAGAUCCUGUGAUUCGCCUGGGACCAGGCUGGCCUGGGAUGGGAGGGUUUGGGAAGCACCUCCUGUUGGGGAGGGAGGUGUGAGAAACAUGGAAUGGACUCCAAUUGUCCCCAGUCUCCUAGGGUGCAGGAGAUGACUUCUGUGCCUGCUGGGGACUCACACCAGGAGAGAGGCCACCGGAGGCUGGUGCGGAGCCAGGGCUUCAGCAUUGCUCUCUGUGAAUGUUGCACACAUGGGUCAAGUUUGGAGGUGGGGGUGGUCCCUGGUACUGCUGCUCUGGAGAUUGUGGAAUUGGGGAGGCUACUUUGAGGAUCCCUUUUGGAGGGCAAUUGUGGAGUAACGCCUCGCUUCCAGACUGAAGAUGAGCUGGAACUAGAGGUUCCCUCAGCAGGAACGUGUCUGUGGGACCUAGCGAGAGAGUUGGGGCCCAGGGCACAUCUGCAACUUCUCUAGGGGACCUUCUAAUCUGUUGUAGUAGAGUCACUGGCAGACUGUAAAAUAUUUUGAAGAUUAAACUAAAAAGCAAAAGUAAAAAUCACUUUGGUCUCGAAGUUACCUUUCCCUGAUUCAUCUGUUCUAUUUACACUCCCGUCAUCACAUGGUAUGGGGUCCCUUUGAACCCUUUCACCAAACAAGGUUCUUCUGGGAGCUCUGCUCCUGCCUCACAUGCUUUGUAAACUGAGAAAGCUUGCAGGACAUUCCCGCUAAUGGCUGCAUCAUGACUUCUUUAGGCAAUAGUUUGCUUUCAACGUUUUUAUAAUCACAAAUAAUUCUCUGAAGAAUGUCUGUCUGUUCAUAAAAAGUUUUCUGUCGUUUCCUAACAUUGUCUAGUUGUUUGUGUUUCUUUUGCAAUUUUGUUAUAUUCUUCGUCCAUUUCUUUUAAGAGUUUUGCUAUUUUUGUGCUUAGCAUCUAUGGGUUCUUUGCAUACUAGUGGCAUAAAACCUUUACAUAUUUGCUGAUUUUUUAAAAUAAGUUUAUUAUUUGCUUCUAAAUAUUGAUGAUUUUUAAGUAUAAAGAACCUCUAAGUGUGUACCUAGUUUCAUGAUUUUGGUUUUGGGGUGAAGCUUUGUCUGACUUUGGGUGGCUCUUUGGGUCUGUCUCUUUGGAGCCUCCACCCUCUGUCCGGAGGGUCUGUUUGGUGUCAGUCUUCUUCUCUGGGCACCGGUGCUCCUGUUGGGGCUUCAGUUUGUUUGAGUGCAUCAUCCCGUUUCUAUUGAGCUGACCAUGAGGUUAUCAUUUCCCUAAAUAUUGGAACAAACUAUAAAUAGUUCCUAAUUCCUGGUUGAAUUUUUCUUUAAUUAACUAGACAAUUUGACUUUUAGAAUUUGACUUAUGACUUUUGGCUCUUUAUUCAUAUGUAAAUUAACACAUGUUUCUCUUUCUGGGGUCUUUGUUAGAUUUUGGUAUCAGGAGCAUGGUUCACAAAAGGAAAUUUCUCAAGUUUCUCUGAAUCCUGAAAAGGUUUCACAAAAUGGUAUGAGGGUUUUGGGAAAGUCUGAAAAUCACCCAUCUGGGCCUGAAUAAAUCUAUGCCAUCUCAAUUGUUACCAUUUUAUACUCAUAAUUGCACCCCACGUCCGCAAAAUCCUCCCCUGUAUAGGAGGUGUGUUGCCGAUGAAGUGAGUUGAGGCACCCAGGCUGCUCCAAGUGGAGCUGGCACAUGGUGCAGGUGGCCUGGACACUUAGCAAAAAGCCACGGUGAAGAGAGAAGGGCCACUCUGCGGGGACAUUGCAAGAGAGGUGGACACACUGUUGGUGAUGACUGUGGCAUCUUUUUCUGAGGAAGCCUCACAGGGAUGGGCUGUGCAAGGGGAAGGAGAGAAAGAGAGAAAUGGAAACAGAGAGAGACAGGGACAGAGAAGAGAUAAAGAGAGAGGUGAGACAGAGAUAGGGGAGAGUCAGAGAGAGACAGAGAUGGAGAGAGAGUGAGAGAGACUGGCAGAGAGAGACAGAGACAGAGCCAAUCAGAGAGAUUUAGACAGAUCUAAAAAAAAAAAAAAAAAAAAUUUUUUUUUUUUUUUUUAGAGAGACAGA